UAAUUUAUAAAAACCUCAAUAUUAGUACGAAAUCGUUUGGCAAAUUGUGAAGGCAGCAGCAACAGUGAAAUAGUGACGGAAGUAGAAUUCUUCGAUUGAAUAAUUUACGUUCUUAAAUUCAAAAUAUAAUUAUGUCAAAGCUUGUAAUAUUAGUUCUGUUAUUCGGAACCACAAUGGUCCUGUGGCAGCAGGCUGAAGCGAAGCCAUUUCUUUUCUUGCCAGCGAAUUUCUUCGUUUUGACAACGAGAGCACCAUCCACUGACAGUACUUCGUCUUCAAGCUCAACAUCAUACUCCUCCUCAUCAACAUCUUCAGCAUUCGGUGGUCUUUUCCAAUUGCCGAUAAAUAUUAUAAGUCGAAAAUUGAAUUUCAUAAAUAGUUUACUAUCGAGUUUUAGUGGUGGCGCUGGUGCCGGUGGUAAUAUUGGUGCCAGUGGAAAGAUUGGCGGUAGUUUUGGACUUGGUUUCAAAUUCAACGCAGGAACCACAACGUACAGACCAAGCACAACCACUGAAGAUACAAAUACUGGUUUUACGCCACAGUCUACAACAAAUACUCCAAAAUCCACAACUGGCAACACCAUUGAUAACAGCCGAGACUCAACAACUACAACAACUACAGAAAAGUUGUUAAUUAGUCCAACAACAGAAGCUUUGAGUAGCUCUACAACAGAAAGCAGUCUGGCAUACACCAGCUCCACUUCGAACUCGAUUGCUGAUACUACGGUGAGCAGUGUUACCAGCGUUAAACCCACAUUAGUUACAGAACAACCCGUGCUCACUGAGAUCACAGACAAAAUUACAUCUAAUCUCGCCAGCAGCACGGAGUCGUUUGUGAGUACUACGACGGACACUGUCAGCACAAUUAAAGCAAUAAUAACACCAACAACCGAAAAAUAUUCCAUCGACGUCGAUUCCACUCCGGAUCCGAUCUGGAGCUCCACAACCGCCACUGUGACCGAAGAUAAGUCAACAGUGGUAGCACAAAGUCCAGCGGUUGUCACAACAACCGAAAAAGUUGCCGAAGCUGUCACCUUCACCACUGAACGGGUUGAAGAUAACGGAAGCACUAUCGGUAUUCUUGACCGAACAGAUAAACCGGAAGCGGAAGUAGUAACGGUUUAUAGUGGGGGUAAUAAAGGCUCCGUUACAGGCGCUGGUUAUAAUUACGAAAAGCAUGAAGUGAGCAAUGGCGUAAGUGGGAGUGGUUAUGCCUACCAGAAACCACGUCCGGAUUAUGAAAAUGAAAUUUUCAACGGUAAUCUGAAUAACAUGUAUUUGCCAGUUCUAUAAGUUAGUACCGACUGUGAAUAUAAUAUAAAGCAGUAACGACUUCAAACAGUGACGAUUCAGAAUCAUGCCAGUUUAUAUUAGUGUCUAGUGUGAUACGACAACGAAAAUUAAUGUAUAUUUUUAUAUAUAAAAUUUUAUAGCUCUUAUUCAAGUUUUGCCAAUACAAAUAAAAAAAUAAGAGUAAAACUA